UCACGUGCCCCGCGUGGGGCGGUGCGGGGAAGCCGGGAGAUGCUGCGGCUGCUGGAGAAGCUGCCGCCGGGACGGGCCCCCGAGUUUCUUCAUAAAAUAGUUGAUGGCAUAUGUGGCCGUGCGUAUCCUCGAUACAAAGAUUAUGGCAGUAUCUGGAGCUUGUUGGAGUGGAUGGAGGUUUUAGAAGAAACAGGGAAGUAUUUCAAAACUGCAGUUGGCAAAAACAUAUCUGAUGAAGAGGCUGCUCAGCAGAUAAAUGAAUUAAAUUCAAGCUAUCAAGAAGCAAUCACAAAAUGUCUAAAAGGCAGAAAGGAAGAAAUCAGGAAUGCACUAGUGGAAAGAGUAAAUGCAAUCUCUUCUGCUCAGCUGCAGGAUUUUGACUGGCAGUUAAAGCUUGCUCUUUCCAGUGAUAAGAUCUCCAUGCUUCAGAUGCCACUUCUCAAUCUUGAUUUGGAUGUGAGAGAAAAUGGUGAAAUUAAACCAGUGUCUAUAGAGAUGAAUAAGGAGGAGUUGCAGAACCUAAUAAACUCACUGGAAGCCGCUAAUAAGGUUGUCUUGCAACUGAAAUGAUGGAAUUCAGCUUGUUCACAGUAUCUGAUGGCGAUGGUUCCCCGACUGACUUUGGGGGGGA